AUGGCGAAACCGGCGUAUGAUGGCAAUGGCAAGCCGUUAUUUGUGAUUCCGUAUAUCCCUAUCCAGCGCGAACUCCCUGAAGGGAUUACCGGAGCUUCAAUUCCCAAAUUUUAUUAUCUCCUUCGAUUGUAUUACCUCCUUGACCAUCUGUGGAACGCCCAACUUGGUGCCCUGUAUCCCCGAAGCCCAGAAAACAUCGCACUUGCUCAUGCUUUCUGGACGGAGCAUGGUCCCCGAACAUGGGAAGGAAAACGUUUCGAGUUUUCAGAAAACUGGAUUACCGAUAGUAUUUUGAGAAUGAAGAAAGAUUUAGAAGAGGAGCUUCGCAUAUCUAGGCUGCGCGAGUUAGUUAUUGCGAAGCGAAAGGAAAAGGCUGCCGCUACCAUCAUACCCUGGCAAUCGAAACUGGAGGCCAGAUUCCUAAAAAACUCAAGGGGAAUUGAGCCAGAAACCGCGCCAGCAAUCCAUUGUCGUGUGCCUCGAAGUUGCAACACCCAAUCAAGACCGGACGACAGCGCAAGAACUGUGACAUUGACCGAAAACAAAGUAACGCCGGCUGUGGCCCAGGAGAAAGAGGCAGCAAUCGUGGUUGAUAAGCGCAACAAAAGGGUGCGGAAAGUUAGUUUGCCAGCAACGGCCCCAAGAAGGUCGAAGAGGGUUUGUGCCCAACAACCCAAGGGUCGUCCCAAACAACCCAGUAGAGUGGAACGACUGAAGGUUCGAAGAUAG